GAAAAAGAGGAAAAAGAGCGGCGUCAACGCGACGAACGUGAUAGAAAAGAGCGUGAGGCAAAGGAACGAAGAGAACGUGAGGCAAGGGAACGAAAAGAAAAAGAGGAAAAUGAACGUAAAGAGCGAGAAUUAAAGGAGCAAGAAAAGGUUCGUAAAGAAAAAGAAGAAAAGGAGCGUAGAGAACGCGAAGAAAAAGAUAGAAAAGAUAAAGAAGAAAAAGAACAGAGGGCUGUUACUUUAUCCUCUACGCGGCAACAUAUUGAACGAAAACGCACUAUUCCACCAAUUGGUCAACCUUCAGUACAACAAUCACAACCACCAAUAAAUAAUCAACCCGCUAUACAAUCUAAAAAUGUUGCUACGAUGUCUAACGGAGCUAUUAAUUGGAUUAAUUAUGCAUCACACGAAUCACAUCAAACUAUUCCUCCACAUCAUGCUAUAAAUCAACCUCAUUCAGUCAAUCAUCAUAUGCCUCCACCCCCAAAUCACCCACCACAUCCAAUAUUUAGUCAGAAUGGGCCACAACCCCAGUUUGGAGGGCAACCUGGGGGGAUUAUAAAUGGUCCAGUAGGAAUGAAUAAUGAGAUCGUAAAUGAUGUAUAUACGAACAAUAAAAAAAUACUUAACCAACCGCCACAGCAGCCAACGAACACUUUACCAGGGAUGAAUCCCGCAUCUUCGCUGUUCGCUACGGGAUUAGGCCCAAUUGGUAUGGGUGUCCAUCCACAUCAUGGUGGACCUCCGAUGCCAAUACACGCUCAUCAUCCAGUAAUGCGACAACAGAUACCUCCCCGAGGGUUCAAUCCUAUUGGGGCAGCACCUCACCUAACUGGUCCUGCUACAGGUGUUCCACCAUCAGUAGCAUCCACAAAUCUAUCUCUACUUAAUGAACCCGUAAUUGGUGGCAAUGGAAACAUUGGUACAGGAGGAGUCAAUACUAACCCACCACCUGGUGCAUUUGGCGGAUUGCCCCUAGGUGGAGGACAGGGACCAUUAGGUCCACAAACAUUUAAUUUGGGAACUCAGGUUGUUGGUCAACCAGCACCCUCUUCUCAUAUUGGCCCUAACGUCGUCCAAAAUGCUCCUCUAGCUCCUAUCGGGCAUCGUAGGAUGUCACAGCAUCCUGAUGAUCCUCAUAUCAAAGCGGUGCAUCGACCACAACCAAUACAACGCCCAUCACGAAGGGAGUCAGUUACAAUGCAUACAUCCCUAGACACACGAACGCGAUCGCCACCACCAGGGUUUGGCAAUAUGGUUGGAUCUGGUGCGUUGAUUGGCGAUGAUCAACCACGUCCAAUGACGAAUAGACGACAAAGCCUUGCAACUGCUGAAAGUUCAUAUUUCUCUAAUUCUUUAUUUUCAGCCUUGCCUGGAGAAACAUCUCAACAGUCGCAGUCUUCACAGAAUCAACAACCGCAACCGCAACAUCAGCUAGGGUCGUCGCGUUUAACACAUAGACCUGUUGGUGAUAAUGAAUGGCCUCCAAUAAGAAGAUCCGGAGGAACAGAUAAUAUUAGUGAUACAGUAUCUAUUAAUAGUAGUAACAAUAUUGGUAGUAAUAAUAUAGGUGCAUCAAAUUCAGAUAUUUGGAGUUUAAACAGUGUUAACUGGUAUCAAGAAGGUAAUAACAAUACUAAUCGUAGAGUAAUGGGCAGUUCGAAAGACUUUGGAAUACCAUAA